AUGUCUGUCGCCUAUUUGAGAGUAUACACCGGACGCAAUCCGAAUGGGUCGAAUAUCACGGUGCAACGCAGCAGAGAUUCAGGAGGCCGAGGGCGACUUGAUAGCACAUCCGAGAUCAGAGACACUGAUGCGAGUCGAUAUGGCUCGGAGUCUAAAGCACCUGCUGUUCCGUCAGGUGCCACACAAUUGAAAGAGUAUUUCAAAGAUGAGAGUGGUAGCAAUGGAGAAACGAAACAUGUCAGAGAUCCCCGGACCAAGGCGCUCGCCUGGAUCACUCUGGCGGAGCUUGUGAGACUCAUCUACCCGGGCCAGACUCAAGCUAGGACGGGAACCACUUACGGGUCAGAGCUUAAAACACCUGGGUCCUGUGAAGAGUCUCAUCCAGGAUCGUUAGCAUUCAGCCACAGUCCAACUGGAACAAUUGUCCAAGAGGUGACAGGUGACACCGCUAGGCCUCUCGAAGACAAUGGGUGGCAAAUUGUUUCGUCUUCUGACACUACUGAAUGA